AAAGGUUCUGUGCCCGCAUUAAACGGUGACUGCUCAGGUUCCCGACUACGCCUCUUCUACGCUUGAGACUUAAAUAGCCAAUAAUAAACCAGAAAGAGAUAUAAUCUAAGCUAGAAUUUUAAUUUGACUGAUUUUCAAUUGGAUGGGCACUGCCCACCCUUGCCCACACGUAGCCACGCCUCUGGAGCAAACAUCUUUAAGACCAAGUCUUGGGGGAAUCAUUGGCAUAUUCAGUGCGGAGACCAAACAAUACAGAUCUGAAGUUCUCCGACUCUCGGCUGGUUUUACAGCAGAAUCAGAAUCAUGGACAACUCCUCAAAGUGCUGCGCUUUUGAUGCACCCAUCUUGGACGAAGUCCUACCUCCUAUACUAUUCGUCGAAUUCAUUUUUGGUCUUAUGGGGAAUGUCCUCGCCCUCUCGAUGUUCUUCUUCCACAGGGACACCUGGAAGCCCAAUUCUAUUUAUCUAGCUCACCUGGCUGUGGCGGAUGCUGUGGUCCUUUUCUGCCUUCCUUUCAGGGCCGACUACUACCGCAGGGGCAAGGACUGGGUCUACGGAGAUGCCUUCUGCCGUAUUUUGCUGUUUCUUUUGGCCGCCAACAGAGCUGCUGGUAUAUUCUUCCUUACUGCCGUCGCUGUGGACCGAUACCUGAAGAUCGUUCACCCUCUCAACCGCAUCAACCGCAUGGGUCUGCGCUACGCCCUGUGGGUGUCUCUUGGCAUUUGGGGUCUCAUCAUAGCCAUGACUGUCUACCUGUUAACAGACAAACAUUUCUACUAUCGAAACAACCGCACACAGUGUGAGAGCUUCAACAUAUGUUUGGGACGCAAUGCAUUGUCCGACUGGCACAAUUCAUUCUACGUUAUCCAGUUCUUUGUGCCCACGUGCAUUGUUAGCUAUUGUACAGCUUGUAUUACAUGGCAACUGAAAAGUAAGACGGUGGACACACAGGGCAAAAUCAAGAGGGCAGUGCAGUUUAUUUUAGCAGUUGCUCUGGUUUUCAUUAUAUGUUUCUUCCCAAGUAACGUCUCUCGUAUCGCAGUGUGGGUGCUGAAGAGCUGGCAUAACGAGUGCCACUAUUUCACUGAUGCAAAUGUGGCUUUUUACACCACUGUCUGCUUUACCUACUUCAACAGCGUACUCAAUCCCAUCGUUUAUUAUUUUUCCAGUCCUGCGUUCAGUGGAUCCCUCAAGAAACUCUACAUGAAACUUCUAGGACAGAAAAUGGAUGAGGAUGAGGACAAUGAGAAGAACAAUCAUAGUUCUGUUACAGUAUCAGCUAAUGUCUCUUAAACAAGUGAAAAUACACUAUGUAGUUUUGACAUUAAAAAGUCACAGUUUAUAAUUCAUAAUAUUUAUUCUGAUGUAAACAUUAGCUACUGCAUAUUCAUGUAAGCAUCUAUUUGUGACAGCCUUUAUAAACAUUUAUAAUAUUUAGCAAUAUUCUGUGUCCUUGGUGUUUGUCUAUGCUGCCUAUUUAACAUAAUCAAAAUCCACAGAUGAAUUUAAUGCUUUAAUAAAUGUCUUUAAUAGUUCUUUAUGUCAGAUAGGCAAAUCUAGUUCUCUAUGUCUAACACUAUAUGCAAAUAUUCAAUGAAUUCAGUUUUUUAUUGACUGUAAUAGGGCCAUUCAGUGAUAGAGAUUACAGUCAAUAAAACAAUUGUCAUUGUUUAUGUUGUUGUCAUAUUUACUGCAUUUUUCCAUGAUAAAACACUAUUUUAUGUCACAGUUACUACAUAAAAAGUUACUUAAUAAAUUUUGAUUUUUUUUUUAAUAUGCAUUCAC